UCCCCCGCCAAUGGAGAGCAACCGCCCACACUUACCCACCCACCAGCCAUCCCACCCUGUCCGUCAUCCACCACCUCAAUUCACGGACCCAAAAGCUUCACGAGCUGCCUUCACCUUGUACAUAGAUACAUCCAUACUCUAAAGAGUAGCCGCGGACAUGGCGAACCAAACACCCGCCGUUGUCAUGGACAACGGUACGGGCUACUCGAAACUUGGGUUUGCCGGCAAUGACUCUCCUUCCUUCGUCUUUCCCACCGCCAUCUCCACCAAAAGCCCAGCAGGCGGCGCCGGGGGCUCGGGCUCUGGUCGACCCGCGGUUGCGAAUAAGCCCUCGUUUCUGACAGGUGGCGCUGGUCCUGGGAGUCACUUGCAUGGCAAGCGCGGAACUGAGGAUUUGGACUUCUUCAUUGGCGACGAGGCCCUAUCUGCAUCUGCAGGACCUGGAUAUGGCAUCCAAUACCCCAUCCGGCACGGCCAAGUAGACAAUUGGGAUCUCAUGGAACGUUUCUGGUCCAAUUCGAUAUUCAAAUACUUAAGAGUAGAGCCAGAGGACCAUCACUUCUUGCUCACUGAACCGCCACUUAAUCCUCCCGAGAACCGUGAAAACACUGCCGAAAUCAUGUUUGAAUCGUUCAACUGCGCUGGUCUUUACAUCGCUGUUCAGGCUGUGCUUGCCCUGGCUGCCUCUUGGACCAGUUCAAAAGUUCACGAUCGGUCGCUUACCGGAACUGUCAUUGACUCCGGUGCCGGUGUGACCCAUGUUAUUCCCGUCGCAGAAGGUUACGUUAUCGGCUCCUCGAUCAAGAGUGUCCCAAUCGCUGGCCGCGAUAUCACAAACUUUGUCCAAUCCCUUCUGCGGGAUCGCGGAGAGCCUGAUUCCUCCCUUGCAACGGCGGAGCGUAUCAAGGAGGAGUACUGCUAUGUGAGCCCGGAUAUCGUCAAAGAAUUCUCUCGUUUCGACCGGGAAGCGGAUGACCGUUUCCGCAAACACACUGUCAACUAUCCUAACGGGAAGUCGGUCCAGGUGGAUGUGGGCUAUGAGAGGUUCUUAGCCCCCGAAAUCUUUUUCAACCCCGAGAUAUACUCCUCGGAUUUCUUGACACCCCUUCCCAACAUUGUGGACACGGUCAUCCAGACCUCACCCAUUGACGUACGUCGAGGACUUUAUAAGAACAUUGUACUGUCGGGUGGAUCUACGCUCUACAAAGAUUUUGGUCGACGUCUGCAGCGUGAUAUCAGGCACUUGGUGGAUGCCAGGAUUCAGGCUUCGGAAGCUAGGAGCGGUGGUGCAAGAAGUGGAGGUCUGGAUGUGCAGGUCAUUACGCAUAAAAGACAAAGGCACGGUCCGUGGUUCGGAGGAAGUUUGCUUGGUCAGACACCCGAAUUCAGAAGUUACUGCCACACCAAGGCAGAAUACGAUGAGAUCGGGCCCAGCAUUGUUAGAAGGUUCGCGCUGCUUGGUGGUCCAGGUAGUACAUAG